ACUAGCCGCAAGGUGCCGUUCAUAUAACAUUCAGAAGGAAGAAACGUUAUGAAAUCUUAAGUUUGGAGAAAAAUGAGUUAUACAGACAUUUAACGGAGCUUCAUGUUUACUAGGACGAUGCUGUGUUUGGGCGUUAACGCCGUGAGGUCGUCGGUGUCUUUACAAAAGCUGUGCCUGCUGUCCCUGCUGCACAUGAGACAUCAGUCUUAUCGCUGCACGGUGCAGCUGUGUAGGAGAAAUCAGCACCGCUGCGUCUCUGCUGGACCGGGUUCAGCUGCUCCUCCCGCACUGACUGACUCCUGCACUGAACCCGAAACUAGCCGCACCGCGUCCUCCUGGACUCCAGACCAGGGCCCGCCGCCCGCUCCCACUCACUGCUGCAUGAGUGGCUGUCACAACUGCGUGUGGAUCGAGCACGCCGAGCAGCUGCUGGCGUACUACCACGACGGAGGGGACCGGGCGCUCGCUGCUAUCGAGGAGAACGUCCUGGAUGAGAACCUUAAAACCUACCUGAAGAUGGAAAUCAGGCUCUUAAAGAAGACAUGAUGGAUUCACUGAUGUGGACGGAGAGAAGUGAGCGGCGUUAGAAGGAAGAAUCUUUUAGUGACUGAGUGUACGCACAUUAUAACACACUCCAGGAACAGAUCUUCACCUCCACCUUUUCACCUCCUCCCGCUUUAGGUCACACGAUUCACGUCUGCAGAACAUUUCCCAAAACUGCCACAAGCAACAAAAUCAGCAUGCGAAAAAAAGCAAAAGCAGCUGCUGAUUUUUAGGAAUCCGCAGUCCUGCCUGAAAUAAUCAUCCAGAACAAAUGUUGGCCGUGUGACUGUUGCUCUUCUAAACACGUCUGAGUGUCUGACUGCUCCAGUUUCCUAACUCCCUGUUUUCGUGAUGUCUGUUGUUCGCAGAUCUCGGCGACUCACUGUGUGAGUGACAGGCUCCACGAUGUUCCCCUUCAGGAAAACUUGAAUUGUUGUCACAUCCAUUGUUGCUUUAUUGUGUAAGGAGUUUGACGUGUUGGAUUUCUGAUAUCAUGCGUCUAAUUUGCCCACAUUUGCUACCUUUUUAAAGCCUAAUUCAGUAUCUUGUUGAUCCUGUUUUUUAGUCGUAAAGCACAUUUGCACAUUUAUUUUCUUUAUGAGUUUGUAUGAAGUUUGAACUGAAGUGUUAAAGUAUAUUUUUAUGUCUUUACCAAUCAUUUGCUUUAUUAUAUUUAAGAGAAUAUUUUAAGUAUGUAUUUAAAAUGUCUUGUUUAGGGUUGUUUGUUAAUUAAAUGUUUUGUCUGAGAUGACAUGAACUGUUAGAGUAUUGUUUUUGUCUGGCCAGCAGAGGGCGCCACGUCGACAUAAAGCUGUGUGUCGGAUCCAUAUGAGGAUAAAAUGUUUGUGCUGAUCCUCUUAACCUGUUCAUCAGUCCAGAGUGUGUCACUGAGUAUUUACUGUAAUAGUAAUAUACAAGUCAUUUCAAGACAAAACACUUCAAAUCUUUCAACGUAUUUAAGAAUGUGUUACCUUUAACCCUCUCAAACCCGGAUCGACGUCACUCUUUGGCUGCUUUCAGACGCCUUUCACAAGUAUUUAAUCCUCUGUAACCCGAGCAAACUGGUUCAAAUACUGCAUGGGCAGAAAGGCAACAA